AUGGAUGUCGUGACUGUCCUACGUGGUUUCAAAGUCCCGUUCCCGGUACUCGACGCCUUUCUACUCGCCAAUAAUAUCAACGAGUCCGAGCUCCUCUGUUCGGGCAUUCCGCCCUUCUACGAUGAGGAUAAUGACCAGGUUACUACCCUGCUGCGCAACAAGGUCGGCAGCGGAGACACAAAGACACGUAUUUUCGUCGCGGCACGAAUGGGCUACAGAAAUGCGGUCAGCUGCUACAUUGCAUAUGACUGGAAAACUGUCUUUGCACAGCGCAGAUUCGAUGAUGUGGAUCUUGCACGGCACCCUCCGGUGGGCUUCGAGGAGCUUAGGAAGGAAGUGCUGUCGUAUGUCACCGCCGGCGAUGGGGUUUAA